GUCUGUAACUAAUGCUAGGGGUAUCCUCACAAAACCAAAACACAACAGGCUGUUUCUUGCCAUUCACAAACUUCUGAAUUUUAUUGCCCACCGUAUUAUUAACUGCGAGAAAUUACAAAGAUGGCUGCUCCGCCGCUAGAACAAGGAGCACUCCUUCUGAGAAGGCAACUAAUAGAGUUAUCUAAGAAACCUGUGGAAGGAUUCUCAGCUGGUCUAGUGGACGACGAUGACUUGUACCAAUGGGAGGUCCUCAUUAUGGGACCACAAGACACAUACUAUGAAGGUGGGUAUUUUAAGGCACACUUGAUUUUCCCAAAGGAGUAUCCACAGAGACCACCGAAAAUGAAAUUUAUCACAGAGAUUUGGCAUCCAAAUGUUGAAAAAAAUGGAGAUGUGUGCAUUUCAAUCUUACAUGAGCCCGGAGAGGAUAAGUGGGGCUAUGAAAAGCCUGAAGAGAGGUGGCUGCCCAUACACACUGUGGAGACUAUAGCUAUCAGUGUCAUCUCCAUGUUGGCGGACCCUAACGACGAAAGUCCUGCUAACGUUGAUGCUGCAAAAGAGUGGCGAGAGCAAUACACUACUACAUUUAAAAAGAAGGUUAUGAAAUGUGUUCGGAAAAGUCAAGAUAGCUUAUAACUAUUUAGGCCAUUAUAAAAGUAUGUUGUUUUAAAUUCAUAUUCUGCUGAGUUAUAUAAUUAUUAUAGUGCAAAAGUAGAGUUGAUGUCUAUAUUGCGUAAAUCAACUCGAUCCCUCAGUCAUAGAUGCUCUCUAUUGUUUCAUAUUCUCUUACAUGAUCAUGCUUCUGUAUAGAAUAUUUAUUUUGGAUUGUAAAAACAUAAACACACGCGACUAUUAUAAUUAUUUUGCUGUCA